AUGCCUCUAAGAACAACACAGGGCUAUACUAUUGCAACAAGGGGUCAGAAUGACAGCUCUGUGUCUGAGUUCAUCCUCUUGGGCUUUUCUACUUUUCCUGAACUCCAAGGGCAGAUGUUCGGGGCUUUCCUAGUUAUUUAUCUGGUGACCUUGAUAGGAAAUGCCAUCAUUGUCACUGUCAUCUUUCUGGAUCAGAGCCUGCACAUCCCCAUGUACCUGUUUCUGCAGAACUUGUCUGUGGUAGAAAUGAGUUUCAGUUCAGCGAUCACACCUGAAAUUCUGGUGAACCUGACCACCAUGAAGGCAGCCAUUUCCUUUGGGGGCUGUUUUGCACAGAUGUAUUUCAUUCUUCUCUUUGGUGGGACUGACUGUUUUCUCCUGGGGGCGAUGGCUUAUGACAGAUUUGCAGCAAUCUGCCACCCUUUAUCCUACCCAGUGAUUAUGAACAAAAGGGUCUUCAUGAAACUAGUGACAUUCUCAUGGGUCUCUGGGAUCAUGGUAGCUACUGUGCAGACCACAUGGGUGUUUAGUUACCCCUUCUGUGGCCACAAGGAAAUUAACCAUCUCUUCUGUGAGACGCCUCCAGUGCUGGAGCUCGCAUGCACAGACACGUUCCUGUUUGAGGUCUAUGCCUUCACAGGCACCAUUUUGAUCGUCCUGGUUCCCUUCCUGUUGAUUCUCUUGUCUUACACUCGAAUUCUCUUUGCCAUCCUGAGGAUGCCAUCCACCACAGGGAGGCAGAAGGCCUUUUCUACAUGUGCCUCUCACCUCACAUCUGUCACCCUUUUCUAUGGCACAGCGAGUAUAACUUAUCUACAGCCCAAAUCCAGGUACUCGCCAGACACCAAGAAACUGAUGUCAUUGGCGUACACACUGCUGACCCCUCUGCUGAAUCCAUUUAUCUACAGCCUGAGAAACAAAGAAAUGAAAAAGGCUGUGGUGAAAAUAUGGCAAAGAAAAGUGGCUUUACACAUGGUUUGA